AUGGCUGCUCUCUCUGUAAAAAAACCAGAAAUUGAAGAAGAAAAAGUCUCAAAUGGCGUAACCGUAAUAGAGAAGAAAUUCAAGAAUUUCGACAUACUACCUGAUGUCUCCUCCGAUCACCUUUAUUAUUGGGGUCGGGGAGGCAAAAGGUCGAAUUGUUCCAUCACUCCCACAAGCGUAGCCUACAAGAAGAUCAUGAAAGAAUGGCGGAUACUUGAGAAAGAUCUCCCCGAUUCGAUCUAUGUCCGAGCCUACGAGAAUCAAAUCAACCUACUUCGUGCGGCGAUCGUCGGUCCUGCCGGCACACCUUACCACGACGGACUCUUUUUCUUCGAUAUCUUGUUCCCGUCCGAUUAUCCAUUCAAACCUCCAAUAGUUACUUACCAUUCAUUCGGACUUCGUAUAAACCCUAAUCUCUAUGCAAACGGUUACGUUUGCCUUAGCCUUCUCAGCACUUGGUUCUCCAUAAGGAAGGGCGAGGGUUGGAACCCUAACCAAUCCACCAUUUUCCAGGUUUUGGUCUCGAUUCAAGGAAUGGUUCUGAAUCGAGAUCCAUUCUUCAACGAACCUGGAACUGGAUUCAUACUGAUACCAGGUCAAAACAAACGAUCAAUCACGUACAGUGAGAAUGUGUUCAUACUGUCAUGCAAAACUAUGAUUUACUUGCUUCGGAGACCGCCAAAUGAUUUUGAUGAAUUGGUUAGAUCUCAUUUCCGUGAUCGAGCAUCUCAUAUAUUAGCUGCUUGCAAUGCAUAUAUGAACGGUAAACAAAGAAUCUGUGACUAUCCUGCUUAUAAUGACGAUGGAUCGUCGUCUUCUUCUUCUUCUUCUCGUCCUGUAAAGAAGGAGUCGAGACAAUUCAAAGAGGCGGUGGUAAAGGUUUAUCCUUCGUUGUUGACUGCAUUUACAUACGCUGGAGAUUCAGUGAAAAGCUUUGUGGAUGAGUAUAAGAGAGAGAAUAAAGAGAGAAUGUCUGCGAUUAGGGUUAAGAAAGUGGAUGCAGAGACGAAGAAGAAGAAGAAGAUGAAUAAAGGAUUUUGGAAUAAAAUUAAGGGACUGUUUGGAUUGAAGUAA